AUGCGACCGACUGGGAAUCUCGUCAUGGACGUGAUACAAGGCACCUUGAACCACAUGCUAAACGAUCGACUUCGCGGCAUGGCCCCGGUGAUAUACUUUACUGGCCUGUCUGUCGCGACGCCCCUGUCAGCGUUUGUCAACACUGUGACCAAGGAAGCUGCCGACAUCGCCUGGCUCGACUCCACUUGCACGAAUCACAUGGACGAGCUGCAUGAAGCAACGGAUCAAGUGCAUCGCGAGGUUGGUGCGACAAGCGCCUAG